AUGGCUUACACUUGGCCGGUAGUCGUUGCUGGCAUUUCGUUCGUAAUUUACUACACACGCCUCUCUUGGUUGUUGUUUCCAUGUCUUCUAUUUGGGGCGUUUCUUGCGUCAGGUGGAAAGUCUUUUCCAAGGGUGUUCUUUCGUACAAUUUUGCGUGAUCUGAGGUAAGACCUGCUGUCUCUCCCCAUACGAAGAAAAAAUUCGUGUACUAACACAACUCCGACCCAACUAAAAAUGAGCACUGGAAAUAAAAGAAACAAUCAAGUAUCACUAUAAGCUUUGUACAAAUAUUUUCGUCCUGAUGUUAUUAAACAUCGGUGAAUUUAUUCUUGUCUGGGUAUGCUGCGUAAAGUAUUCAAUGGAUGGAGCGUAUAAUUUAAGGUUAAGGAAUAAGAUGAAAAAAAAAACAACAACUUCUAUUGGCAAGAAUCCUGUUCGAGUAUUUGUACACGAUUUUGUAAUUUGUUUAUAUUUGGAAUUAGUGGAGUUAGUGGUCAGCUUCGAAAUCGAACCAAUGAACGCUUGUACCAGACAUGUCUGACAUGGCACGCAAAGGGAAAACUUCGGCUCAUACGCGAUGUCUGAGGUUCUUUAAGGGCUCAGGCCCCAUGGGGUCUCAGGUUCUGUGGUUCUGUAGCUCUUUAGCUCCUUAUGUCUUUCAGUCUUUCAGUCUGUAGGUCUCUGAGUCUCUACGACAUAAACUCCACAUAGUUUUAUUUAAAUUAUUGAGUUCACUUUUAUCUUUCAUCAGAGUCGUUUACUUGGUUGCAAAGAUUAGUAUUCGAGUCAAAAGAAUUCAGAAGAAGGGAAAUGUGACUGUUGCUGACUUAUUUCGAGGAACAGUAUCUAAACAUCCAGGGAAAGCAGCCUUCAUAUUUGAACAGACAACUUGGACAUUCCAAGAUGUGGAGGAUUUCUCCAACAGAAUUGGAAAUUAUUUCAAGUCACAGGGCUACAAAAAGGGAGAUGUAGUGGCUGUCUUUCUGCAUUCCUGCCCUGAGUUUGUUUGCAUAUGGCUGGGUUUGUCUAAGAUUGGUGUGAUAACUGCCCUCAUUAACAACAACCUUCGACUAGAGUCUCUGAAGCAUUGCAUAUCUGCUGCAGAUCCCAGGGCAGUAAUCUUUGGAAGUGAUCUUUCAGGUGAAAAGAUCAUGUCUUCUUUGUUAACCCUUUAACUCCCAGACCAAAUUUGUAAUUCUCCUAACCAUCGACCAUACAAUUCUUAUGAUAAUAGUUCAGAGAAUUGAGUCUUGGAUCAACCAAUUAUUCCCAAAUUGACAUUUUCUUUAUUCUCAUCGCUUAUUUGGUUGAUAUUGUAUUGAUAUGGUAAGGAGAAAUUCUGUCUUGGUCACUCAUGGGAGUUAAAAGGUUAAGUGAAGUAACCUUUGCAUGAGAGGUUGGAAGUUGGUUCAAUGCUAACAUAAUGGUGUCAGCCAAGAAAAAUAAAAUAAUAAAUAAAAAAAAUAAUGAAAAUAAAUCUUUAAACUAUGAGCUUCAAUUAAAAAAACACAGACAUAUCAAUUAAGACAUGAAGCUUUCAUAAUGCUUUUCAACUUUACAGAAGACAUACUAUUGAGACCACUCUAGCUUGUUUAAAUCAUGAGUACACUAACAAGAAAUUAGGGUUCAUUUUUUUUUUUUUGCUAGACCUUAUGUAUACUAUUAUUUAUAAUUAUACCAGAAUUUCAAAGUAAGGUUAGGUUUAGAGUAACAUUGACUGCUCUCUGAGUAUCAGGUUCAUGAUAAAUUUGUCAGUAAUUUAUCUUUUACUGUGCAGUCGCUGUGAGAGAUGUUCGUAGUCAGUUAUCAAAGGAUGUGGAGCUGUACAACUUUGGAACAUCUCCUUGUUCUGAGGCUUCAGCUAAGAGCUUGCUUCGGGAAUUGGAAAGAAGUCCCUUGAAACCACCACCUGCUGAUGAAACACAGAUGUUUGAAGGUUAGUUGUCAUUUUUCAGGGAGUAUCCAGUGUAAGAAAUAUAUUGACCAUGUGGUGUGUGCAUUUUCAAGAUUCAAGAAUCAAUUCUCUCCCCUUUCUACUGUACCAACACAGCCCUCUUCACUCUUUAAUUCUCUUAGGUAUAUUCUCAUUUCUUACAGAUGCACUGAUGUAUAUCUACACUUCAGGAACAACUGGAUAUCCUAAAGCUGCAGUAAUAACUCAUCAGAGGUAGAAAUGAUACAACAUUGGAUUUAUGUUUGACAACAAUGUUGAUGAUGUCACUGAUUCCCUCAUUUCCCCUCUUCCUUACUCUGUUAACCCCUUUACACCCUAACAUCAGCAUCCUUAUUCUCUAUACCCUUCUCCGUACAUUUUCUGAGGAGCUGACUAGGAGAAUUUGUUUUCAAUAACAGUCAAAAACUUCUUUAGUUAGAGAUCAUUUCUUUUUUUCUUGUGACCUUAAUGUUUGAUUCAGGGGUGAUAUUCUUUGGAGAAAUUUGGUGCAAGUCCCUCUCAAGAGUUAAAGGUUUAAAUUCUCGCCCUAACAAGCCCAUAUUGCUGCUUGGAUGUGUGCCUGUGAACUUUCAUUAAAUAUUUAAACAUGUUGUGAAAGAAUGUUUGACUUUAGAGACUUGUGAUAAUUGGGGCAUUCAGGAAAUUUGCACUUUGGGCUAUUGCACAUCCUUCUGUCCACACCCAUAUACAUGUGUUAAACCGUACACUUUACCUUUUGUCCCUUCAGGUUCUUCAGAUUCAGCUGUGUUCCCUCUUUGUACAAUAUUACAUCCAAGGACAUCAUGUACUGUACUCUACCAUUAUAUCACUCUGGAGGAGGAGCACUUGGUGUGGGAGCUUGUCUUUUACAAGGAGUCACAUUGGUGUUGAGAAAAAAAUUUUCUGCUUCUAAAUUUUGGGAGGAAUGUAUUGAGCAUAAAGUAACAGUAAGUAGCUAAAUUUUAUAAAAUAAUUCAAAUAGUAUGUGCGCUCUGAUUGGCCAUAAAACCAUUUUACAUGAGUGUAUGUAAACACAGUUUUCAUUCCUCUUUCAUUAGUUAUAUUAUAAAAGAAAUGUAAAAUGGUUUCCAUGUUUACAUAGCCUGAUGUAAACACACGGGAGGUUGGGAGAACAUGAGAUAAGUGUAGGAAACCACAAUGCUUUAAACAUGUGCAGCAGAAAAAUUACCUAAUGCUGGCUGCCAGCCAGCAUUUAACUUGAUGCCUUAACACUCAAGAAACAAAAUUUGCAAAAUUUUUCUGUUGUACUUCUGUACAAUCAACUGGUGAUUGUACAUGAGCAAAAGGAAUAUUUUUGAAGGAAAGAAACAUUUGCAUGUAUAAAACUUCAAUUUUAUGUAAUUCAUUGGGAGCUGAAAAUUUCUAAAUUCAACAUCUUUUGGUGACCAUAAUAUUCCAUCUGGUGAUUGAAACAAAAAAAGUUUAAUCACCACUUGGUACUUGUGCAAAUAAGCUAAUUUUGAACCCUAUGAGGAGGAAACUGGGAGCCACAACAGCAGUGGGGGCAUGACAGAAAGUUUGGGGUGCAUACUGUAUUAACCUCUUCAACCCGAAAAUUUUCUCCCUACUGUUCUUCAUAUGUUUCCUCAGGUGCUGACAGGGAGAAUUUGUCUAGCAAUCAAACAUUUUUUUUGUUGGUUAUCAUUCCUUUAUUCUCUUGACCUUAAUGUUUUAUUCUGGGGUGAUAUUGUGAGGAGAAAUCUGAUGCUAGACACUCAUAGAGGAUAAAGUUUUAACAAGAUUGCAUUGAGAAUGAUAUUUCACCUUUGUUAUGAAUGAAAACUCCUCAGAUAUUUGAAUUGAUAAAAAAGAGAUAUAGGAUUAGAGAAUGAUAAACAUUUUUAAUUGAUAAAAUUAUUCCAGAAUAACUAUAUAGCUUUUCUCUGUCAGGUGAUCCAGUAUAUUGGUGAGCUGUGCCGCUAUCUGCUAGCCCAACCAUAUUCACCAUCAGAGAAGCAACACUCAGUACGUGUUGCGUUUGGUAAUGGAUUACGGCCUCAAAUAUGGAAUGAAUUCCAGUCUCGUUUUGGUAUCAGCAAGAUUGGAGAGCUUUAUGGUUCUACUGAAGGAAAUGUGGCAUUUUUCAACAUUGAUUAUACCCCAUGUGCCUGUGGUUUUGUCUCAGUUAUUUUCCCAAAGUUGCUUCCAUUUUAUUUUAUUAAAGUUGACCCUGUUACUGGUGAGUUGCUUAGAGAUAAGAAUGGGCUGGCAAUCCAAGCAAAUACUGGGGAACCUGGACUUGUAGUUGGAAAAAUUGUCAAAGGUAGUGUUUCAUUCUCUGAUAUUACACCACAUGCAUUGCUGACUGGUUAUUGUUAGGGGUGUCAAUGUUUUGUUCGUUUUUUUGUGGGUUUUUUUGGAUGAAGACAGGACGAUAAUGUUAUUGGUGUAAUGUUAUUGGUGUUAAUUCUAGCUAACACACUGCUGGUAAAACAGAUCUGGAACUUGAUUCAUUUGUGCUCUUUACUUUCCUACUUACAAGAAGAGAUUUAUUUUUUACAAUAGAACACAGAUGUUGUCUUCCUCGAUUACUUCCAAACUGUGUUUGCUUUCAAAUUAAAAAAAAAAGCCCAAUAAGUGUUAAACCCUCUCAUGCUCAAGAUCUCAGUUGUAAUUCUUGUUACUUUCUGAUUCACAUUUCUUACAUUGUUAUAGUUCCAAGUUGUUGUAUUUCUUCCUUCCAAUCACCUGUUUGCUCAAUGUCAUAUUCAUACUGCAAGGAAAAAUUGCUUGCUCAGCCUGAAUAAGCAAUUAUCAGUCUGGUACAGAACAGAUUUAGGUUACUACAGUUCAACUUUAGGGACUUAAAGCAGUCAAGACAGGAUCCCAAAUUCCUAUGAUUUUAUUCUUCAAUCUGAUAUAUAUAUAUUUAGCUGUAACUAUAGUUUUAUAUUCUUUAAUUUUAGCUUUAUUUUUUUAAACGAUUUGUAUUGAUGCUUAAAAACCCAUUCAGGAAGCUUCAAUAAAGAUCUGUAUCUGUAUCUGUAUCUUUAACUGCAAACAGCCGGAUGUGAUUACUGUCUCUAACAGCUCCACAUCUUAACUUUGGCAUAGGGUUUGUGCACAGCAUUGACUUCCCAAAUGAAAUUUUAGAUAAUUUUCUUGUGUGGUUUCUGUUCUCAGGCCAUGCAAAUUUUGGUGAUUUCAUGUUACUGCCCAUUAGAUGGUUUGUCUGUUUUUUAUGAAGGUCCCCAUGGUGAGGGAAGGAGGAAGGAGGCAAAUAAUGUAUAGUAAGAAGAAUACAUUAUUUGUAUUUGCUAUGCUAGUGCAUCAUGAUAUAGGUUAUGGAUUUUUUACUUGAUGACAGUAAUAUUUGCUAUCUCCUUUGCAGAGAGAGGCAUUACAUUUGAUGGAUAUUUGAACCAACAAGAAACUGCAAAGAAAAUUGGCCACAACAUUUUUAAGAAGGGAGAUGUAUAUUUCCUAACUGGAGAUCUUCUCAUCAAGGAUGAGUAUGGUUACGUUUAUUUUCAUGAUCGCAUCGGAGAUACAUUUCGCUGGCGAGGAGAAAAUGUUUCUACAGCUGAAGUGGAGGCAAUAAUGAGCAAUAUACUGAGUCUUCGUGAUGUGGUGGUUUAUGGUGUCAAAAUUCCUGGCACUGAAGGAAGAGCUGGCAUGGCUGCCAUUGCAGAUCCACACAACAAAGGCAUUGACUUGAGCUCUCUUGUUCAGGGCUUGAAAGAAAAAUUACCAAUUUAUGCUCAUCCCAUAUUCCUGCGAAUAAUCCUAGGUGAUGUAAGUCUUACAGGAACAUUUAAACUUCAGAAAACUAAGUUAAGACAAGAAGGAUUUGAUGUAGGAGUGGUGAAGGAUAAACUUUUUUAUUUUGAUUCACAAGUAAAGCAAUAUGUAGAUUUGGAUGAAGGAAAGUAUGCUAAAAUUGUUAGCGGUGAAAUCAGAAUGUAGGAUUUUGUAUAUACAUGUUUUUCAUUUUUAGUUAUAUACUUGUGCAACUUCUGUACAGAACCACAAUACCAUUCCAAAACUUAAACUUUUCACUAGGUUUCCGGGCUUUGUACAUGAUGUCCUGCAGGUUGACUGUUAAUAGUUAUUAUUACCUUAAAUUCAAUAAUUCACAUACAGUAUGUUUUCAGUACUAUGAUAAUUCACAUGUCAUAAAAUGUAGGAGUAUAGUUCAUGUGUUUUUUGUCUUUCAUUUUCCAACAAAAUCACUUUUAAAUGCUACUUCAUACAUCAUGGGUGUACACAUCUUGUAGCACUGUUGAACCAUUUGGAAAAUUGCAUGUUUGUUUCUUUGUUUAUGUUUGACAUUGACAUAUCAGGAACAAGAUAUUUUGUUGCAUAUAUACAAUGAAAUUAUAAAGAAAAGCAAGGUAAUAGCUGUAUAAUCAAGUCAUAAGUUACUCUUUCUAUUCUGUCUUCUGCUUUUCAGUGCAAUGUAUCAAAAGACAUAUUUAUAUAUAAAUAAUUCAGUGCUCCAAGCUGCGACCAUUUUGGUCACUCUGGCAAGUGAAAAUAUAUUUGGCAACUAAAAUUGCAACGAAAGUCAUCAAUUGGCCAAUCAACCACCAGAUAGAAAAAGGAAAAAAAGGAGUACAAACAUUUUUUAAUUGCCUCUAUUUUACAAUUGAUGGUCACAAAAAGGAAACUCUUAGGAAAAAGUGAGCUGAGAGCCCUUAAAUUUGGUUUUUAUCAUUUAAGUUGAUAUUGUAGAUUGACCACUGUAAGGAGUUUCUUAAAAAAAAUUUGCUGCUGUGUGUUCUGUGAUCAGUCACACUUGCCACUAAAAUAAUAAAAAUCUAAAACUAUGUACACAACAACAUGGGAUGAAAAACCAGAAUUAAAAUCCCCCACUGAUGAAAAAAGUGAGCUGAGAGCCCUUAAAUUUGGUUUUUAUCAUUUAAGUUGAUAUUGUAGAUUGGCCACUGUAAGGAGUUUCUUAAGCAGUAUUUUGAGCAUUAGCCCUUCAUCAUUUGCUCUGACAAAGGGCUAUAAACCUUCAAAAUAUCAGCUUCCAAUAGAAACUCAUACAUAACCAACUAAGUUAGAAAAACUAAAUUAUCUUUUUGUACUCUCCCACCAACCCAGCACCACAGUUUCUAAUUAUAGAAACUUACCCCCUUUAUUCAUAUGUAUAUAUGUUUGGUGUGACAUGUAAAUUUAAUUAUAAUGUAGCAAUAAAAACAAUUUGCUGCUAUAUGUUCUGUGAUCAGUCACACUUGCCACUAAAAUAAUAAAAAUCUAAAACUAUGUACACAACAACAUGGGAUGAAGAACCAGAAUUAAAAUCCCCCACUGAUGAUAUUUUCCAGUACAUCAGAGAAUCAGUUAGAACCAAUUGAAAGUAUUUCCUAAUUAAUCCAUACACAAAGUUUGGCAUAACUUAUCACAUGUACCAUCAAGUAAUUAGGAGAAGAAUUUGCAUCGCUCUCCCUGUUUUGGACUCAAUGCACUCACAUUUUAGCAUUUUCUUUCUUGAAUUAUUACUUUCAGUUAUAUGAUACUCUAUCUAGAGAUAAUUUGAAUAAAUUUGAUUCAGCUAUUCACAAGGCACAAUUUCUAACUUUCCAUAUUUGGGAUUCUAUUGUCUUACUAUUACCUUAAUUGGUCAUUAUGCACUUAUAAGGAGUGUUUAAUGCGCAUCCGAUACGCAACUUGCGCGACCAAAAAUUGCAUGACAGUGACCCAUAUGACCACCAUCAUUUUUAAACGUGAAUUUAACAUGGCGGAUAGACAGAACACCUCUGGAAAUGAGACGAUAUUAGUCAGCUCUGGUGAUGAAGACGAAGAUGAAGACGUCGAGGGACUUUUUAAAGAAUUUGUUUCCAAAGUUGAGAGAUGUGUAGACCAAAACGAUGUGGUGCUUUUCCUGAAGCUGAAAUUCGCGGAGGCUCGGUCCGAGUUCGUGUCAUCCGUGAAAUUCAAGAAUGCUCUGAAAUGGAGGACGAGAGAAAUGAACAAGUCAAAUGGCUACAUUUAUACUGGAGAUAUUUGUAAGCUUCUCUUACCAGAUUCAAAGGUGGAUAAUGUUGACGAAAAAGCCAAUGAUGUACAUUUCGCGGGAAAUGGACAAGCAGUGAGUCCCUUCACUCGCGUGGAAGGCGACGUAAACAGAGCGAUCGAACUGACUGUAGUGGACAGUGAACCAGGCUAUCUCACAACAGACAAGGGGGCGAAACUUCCCGAGACUGCUGUCCCCUCAACGAGCAGCACAAGCUCUAUUCAACCUCCUUCAAGUGGUAUUGUUAAUGGACGAAUCAAUGAGAAGAAAAGACAAAUGGCAAGUCCUUCGAAACAACCGCUUACCCCUAGAAAACGAAAGAAGCUCGUCAAAAGAAUGGAAUUGAAGCUUAAGAACCUGGCAGAGAGAAUUCAGAUUUUAAAUCAAGCAGAGUUGAGUUUGGAUGAAAUGGAUAUGAGUGACAGUACAUAUAUUCAAGAAUGUCGUCUGAAAGAGAAAUUUAAUCAAAUCUGGAACAAGAUCUGUAGAGUGCAGGGAAAACCCCCCAACACAGGAAGGGUAACAGAGAAAGAAGUCAAGUGUCCAACCACGGGCCUACCAGGGAUAGACCAUGCCAUAAAAAAGUUCAUAAGGAAUAAGAAAGGUCGUUUUCCUGAUAAGUUUGACAUCAGCAAUGUAGUACAAGAAGCAAACAAAAAGUAUGGCUUGAAACUGUCAACACAAGCUCUCAAUGAGGUCAGUGAUGAAGUGUUCAUGUGUAUAGGUAACAUUCUACAGAAGAGACGGAAGAGAGAUUUUAAUUUCAAUUUUGGAUGUCACCUCACAGAUGAUUGUAAUGCCAGUAAUGACCCUGCCAUAAAUGACUCAGCACUUCGCAAGAAGUUGGAAGAAAAUAAGAAGGUCAACAAAAAGAAUCUAGAUGAAGUUUUUACAAAGUUUGUGCGCUAUGGACGCAUGAAAGCUCAUGAUAGCACUAGUACCUCGAGCAGCAGUGAUGUUGAGGAGGAAAGACCUGAUAAGAGUGACAGAGUCACAAUGAAAAAGAGAUUCUCUUGCAUUUCUGUCACACAAUCAUCAGAUUCUAGUGAAAAUGAAUGCAAUGACUUUGGGUUGACAGAAGGUAUGAAUGACAGCACAAAAAAGAUAAGAAGGGAGGAAGGGUUUGAUGACGAUGAAAGUGACUUGCAAAACUUUUCCAUGAAGUCUCCUCAUCAACUAAGAGGAAAGAAGAAAGAAACAGAAACUGAGACUAAACUUGACAUAGAAAACAAUACUCCAUUGCAAUCAAAUGAUAGAAAUCUGUGGGAAAACUCUGCUAUUGUUGAGUUACCUACCUCAGCUCUGUCUGAAUGCAAUGAAAUUUGUGUGGAACACAAAAAAAUAGUGAAAAUGGAUGGUGCCUCUCAACCCUCUGUUGUUGAAAUUUUGGAGCAAACAGGCAGCAGUGGGAAAGAGAAUACAUUACCUGAUCAGCCCAUUGUUAUAGCACCAGAAAGGAUUAACAACAGUGCAGUAUCCACAAAUCAGCAACCCAACAAUUCUACCCCGAAAUCAGAUCGUUAUAUUGUCUCUGCAAGUAAGGAAGAUCUAACAACCAAACCAGUAGAGACUUCUUAUAAGUCUUCAGUGACUAAUAAUUCCCCAGGUCAUGUGAUAUCAAGUGUUGAUGAUUUGUCAUUGCAGGAGACUAAGCCUUCCUCCAGUACAAAAUCAGAUUCUCAUGUUAUCACUGUUGAUAAGGAAGAUCUGACAACUGAACCAGAAGAGACUUUUCCUGAAUCCAAAGAAAGUAGUACUUCCUCAAGUCAUAAAGUAUCAAACAUUGACAAUUCUUCUUUGCAUUUGACAAAGUCUUCUCUUUCCAGUGUUAAAUCAGAUCCUAAUGUUAUCACAUUAAUUGAGAAAGAGCUAGCUGCUAAACUAGUAGAGACCUUGUCUGAAUCCCAAGAGACCAGUACUUCCCCAAGUCAAGUAAUCUCCAGCUCUGAAGAUUCCUCGGUGCAGGACACAAAGUCUUUUCUAAGACCUGUACUGUCAACUAUUAAAGAUUUUGAUGAUAAGGCACAAGAUGUGAUUGGCAAUGUAACUGGUUCUUCUUUUCAUUCUGAUGUUGACAACGAAGAAGUUGUUGCGGGAAAAUCUCCAAAGGAAAAUGGUUUUCAUGAUGAUGCACCAAAGUCCACUCCAUCUAGGAAAAGAAAAGGUGUAAACUUUACUUUAUCACCUCUGACUGUCAAUAUUAAACCUAUAUCAAUUAAAGGUCACAGGAUUUUCCCCAAGAAGAGGAAAGCAGAGAAUGGAUUGCUUGAUUUUGAAAGUCCACUGAAAAGUUUCCGUGAAGCGACUUUGGAAAUUAGAGGAAAUCAGCCAUCUUCCUCUUGUAACCUCCCAGAGGCCAUAAACAGUAAAUUAAAUUUUGAUUGCAACAAUAGAUUAUCAAAAAUUGAAAAGGAUGAACCUUCUGUUUCUUUUGCAAACAGCCCACCAGACCAAAGUAUCAAUAGUGAUAAGUCUGGUAUUGAAGCAACAGCAUCAAAGAGAUUGCUGCUUUCUUUGAACAAGACGGGAAGAAAUUCUCCCAUCAAGAAACAGGAAACUUCUGAAAGGACAGUUAUCUCCAUUGUACUCUCAGAUGAUGAUGACAGUGAUUGUGAAAUAAUCAAGUGA